ACGUACGCCACGCCUCCUCCCGGUGCUGUUUCCUGCUUUCCACAACAGGCAUAAUGAAGUCAUAGAGCACAAACCCUGCGAGACUCUUCUUCAUCAAUAUUCUGUUCAACCUGUGACUUAUGAACACCUAUAUUCGUCCGAUGAAGGAGGAAUCAGACCUACCCCAGGCGUUGCCCUUGGGGCCCAGUGCCUUUAUCCCAAUUGAAGAGAUUCUGGAGGAAGGGGCCGCACAGGAAGUGAUGUCAGAGGCUCCGUUGUCAGAGGGACGUGCCGAUCAUAUCAUCAUGGCGAUGGGACUACAUCCCACCUACUUGACCUGUUUCCUGCGCACCCAGCAUGCUUUGCUCCAGCUGGAUGGUCCACUGCCUUUGUCAUGGAGACAUUUUAUAAUCAUCUUGGCAUCUGCACGUCACCAGUGCUCGUAUUUAGUUCAGCACCACAGCUCUGCUUUUCUGCUGGCUGGUGGAGAUGAGUCCUGGCUUAGAGGACUUGACUGUGCACCACCGAAAAUACAGCACCUGCAGACUCUCAACAAACUGCUGGCACACAGACCCUGGAUCAUCACGCAGGAACACAUACAGGAGUUAGUUUGUCCCGGUGCAGAGGCUCGAUGGUCUCUGGCAGAACUGAUUCAGGCAGUUGUUCUGAUGAGCCAUGCCCACUCUCUGGCCUCGUUUGUGUGGGGUUGUGGGAUUCUCCCCGAGCCUGAGCCGUCAGGAGAUCCGUCGCUCCAGACGUGUUCGCCCACAGAGUCCUGUUGUUCUGCCCGAGACAAGGCCAGAAGCCAGCAAGAGUGGUCUGAGGCUGUGAACGAGGUUAAGCUUUUGAUGGAGAAGAUGAUGAAGGUUCGGCAGCAAGGUGAAGAGUUUACUCCGGAGGAGAUGGUUACUCGCUUUGAAAGAGAGAGGACAGAGAGUUUGCUGGAACCUGCUGAUGUUCAGCGCUCCGUUCUUCCUGAUUGUGUCUCGCAGUUCGUUGUGGAUGCAGAUUUUACUUACCAGGAUUUUAGUCCUAGAGGAGUGCAGGCCCCUCCAACCAUGAGAGCUCAGGACUAUUCGUGGGAAGAUCACGGCUUCUCUCUUAUGAACCGGCUGUAUGGGGAGAUGGCACAGCUUCUGGAUGAGAAGUUUCAGGUGGUGUGCGCGCUCACGUAUCACACCAUGGCCAUGCACUCGCACGUGGACACUUCUACGCUGCGGAAAGCGAUAUGGAACUAUAUACAGUGCAUUUACGGCAUCAGGUAUGAUGACUACAAUUAUGGGGAGGUCAACCAGCUGUUGGAGCGCAGUUUAAAAGUGUAUGUGAAGACAGUGGCUUGUCACCCGGAGAAAACAACACCAAGAAUGUACUUCUCCUUCUGGAGGCAGUUCCGGCACUCAGAAAAGGUCCAUGUGAACCUGUUACUGAUGGAGGCGCGACUGCAGGCAGCUUUACUCUAUGCUCUCAGGGCAAUUACACGCUACAUGACCUAAUGCUUUUCCAAAGAGCAUUAAAACAAGAGAUGUCCUGCAUACUCGCGAUUAUGCUCUGAUUAUAGCAUGUGUUGACACAAAUUGCACACAAUCACACUUUAAAGCACAAAGGCUCAAGAGCUAUUUUCUUUCAUUUUCUCUUGUCUUAUUUCUGGCUUCUAUGGGCUGGUUGAUCAUCUGCUACUGGUUCAUGUUUGAAUUUAGGAGGCAGAGAAUUUUGCACACGUCCUAUGAUGAGCAAAUUGCCUCAUUGUGGUCUUUUUCUUAUACUGUGAAUGUGUCUUUGCCCUGCUGCAGUAUUCUCUUCAUUGUGUUUUGUGUGUGUGUGUGUGUUUUGAUGAAUGUUUAUGUAAGUUUGACACUAAGAACAGCCUGUUUCUCUCUCAGAUUGAGAGCUGAUUUAUAGUGGGCGAAAACUGGAUGAAAAAAAAACUUGGUUGUUGGGUGUUAUUUGUGCAUUUUUAUGUAUAAUAAAAUAUUUUACUAUGA